CGAUGAACUCAUCGCGCACAAACACAUUUCCAGGAUGAUGGACAGCAGUAUAAGCAACUAUGGCCUCCCAAUUCCUCCCCCGAGCCGUCUUCCCGACGCUGGACUCGCUGCCGCGAUCCUACUUCCUCGGCCACCACAAAGCGGGACUUUCGAAGAUGAAGACAAUGCUUAAUACUAUAGACCUAAUAAUUGAAUGCCGGGACUACCGAGUACCCCUCACGUCAAGGAAUCCGCUUUUCGAAGCCAGCUUAGCUGGUAGACAGCGCCUCAUAGUGUAUACGAAGAAAGACCUAGGAAGCCACCACAAGAAGGCGGACCUAAAGCGUGAGCAGAUUAUCACGCAAUGGCAUGCGCCUUCACCCGUCCUAUUCUCCGACCACAAAGAGCGCCGCGACGUCCGUCGCGUCCUCGAAUUCGCCCGCGAGUUCGCCGAUCGCACAAUGUCUCUCACCGGCCUACGAUUGAUGAUUGUUGGGAUGCCUAAUGUUGGGAAAUCUUCGCUUCUGAACGCGCUGCGUAUGCAGGGCGUUGGGAAGGGCAAGGCGGCUUUCACAGGAGCUCAACCAGGAGUCACUAGGAAAAUUGCCACGGGCGUCAGGAUUAUUGAGAGCUCCGAGCAGUCGGAGGGUGUGUUCUUGGUCGACACGCCAGGUGUUUUUAUACCGUAUGUUCCGGACGCCGAGGCGAUGCUCAAGCUUGCCUUGUGCGGCAAUAUUAAGGACAACAUUAUCUCCCCUACCACUCAAGCCGACUACCUACUAUACCACAUGAACCUCCAAUCGCCCGACCUUUACGCCGAGUACCACCCACCGACGAAUGAAGUAAUGGACCUGCUGGGCGCGGUUGCGGUGAAGACGGGAAGGCUGCAGAAAGGCGGUACUCCCGAUGCCGAGUCGUCCGCUUUGUGGAUGAUCCAACGAUGGCGGACUGGCAAUUUUGGAAGGUUCUUGCUUGAUAAGGUCACGGAAGACGCAUUCGAGAUGGCUAAGUUGGAGGAGACCAAUCAGGCUCCUAGCUUUCACCAGGCAAAGAAGGCCGACAAGGAACUCAGAAGAGCUAGGUCGAGGGGUCGCAACAUGGAUGUAAGCUGAAGCUAGGAGAGACAGCUGUUGGCUUUCAUCUCGACACAGACCUCCUCCGCCACUCAUGCUAGGCUUGGGAAUCGCUCCUCUGAAGUAAUCUCAGUGGCGCGGUGAUGGAGGCACAGUUCAUGCAACACAACCUGACCUAUCGAGGUGAAUGGUGAUGCUCAAAUAUAGCACCCACAUCCACUGCCAUGUCAUGCUUAGAGCCCUGUAUACGGACAGGAACCGGUAUCUGUUGGAUUUUAAAAUCCCAAACAAUAUCGGAUGGAACAAGCAUGUUUGAGACAAUCUGAACAAACACAUAUGUAGCCUAUAUUAGAUGAAUCAACCCCCUCUAGAGAGAGGCUAUGGAUUUCCGGAUGUCAACAGUAUCUAGGAGAAUGCGUGUUCGUGGGAGAAUCCCCUCAGGAGAGGAUCAGGUACUAUGGCACCGUUCAGAUAUCCAACAAAUAUAGAACACUAUUCUGAACGAGUC